ACGAAUUUGGGUGAUGCACAUACAAUCAUACAUGGUUCAAAAUCUGGAGACCAUAGUCAUUAGGAUCAUAUAGCCAAGCAAGUUUGAUCAUAUAGCCAAAGUUCAACUCCCGACAGAUUUGAGGUUAAAGUCGCCCUGAUCUUUGAACUUACAAAUGGUUUUCCAAGGAACAAGGUGGAUCUUCGAAUUGCCCUCCCUCCAGAUAAAAAUUCUUAUUUUACUGUCUAUGAUAUCGCAAAUCGUCAGAGAGAGAGAGACCGUCGUUUGCAUCACUGCAACGUGUUGAGCAUAGAGGGGGCAAAAGAUACUCGACCUACUAAAGAGAGGGUGUGAGCUUUCCACUCGAAGAGUCUACGAUCAAUCUUUUCAAGGACAAUUUUGUAAGCGUCUCUUGUGACUCUCCCAUGGAUUAAAAGGCACUCUCAGAUAUCUGCCUAAGUUAUUGGUAGCUUUGAUCCCAAGAUAAUCGUUGAUCUUCUUCUCAUCUACCUCCUUUUUGUUCUUGGAGAAAAAUAUACAAGAUAAUGAAACAUAUUAAAUGUAAGAAAAAAUGAUACAUUAUGAAAAUGACUCAUCUAAUUUUUUCUUAAACAAACAAUAUAUUUGAAAAUAUAAAUACUCCCAAAUGACUAUAUUUCUAAGAUGUAUUCAUUUGAGCAAAUGAAUCAUUUAGUAAGGGUUUAAUUCACCUGCAUAGCCAUAACUUUCACGAUUUUAAUAAAUAUAGCCACUUUUUGAAUAAUACACAGAUGUAGCCAUUUCCGUCCAAUUAUUUGACGGUUCACUUAACUCGCUGACUGGACUACGACCGCUGCUGAUGUGGCGUGUUUUCUUUUUUGCGUCAUUGUCACGUGGAAAACAAUUUUAUUUUAAUUAAUAAGUAAAGUUAAACGACAAAAAGAAGCCAAAAAGGGAUUGAGAUCACUUUCCCCCUUUUCGUUCAUCUGUUCCCACCAACCUCAGCUCUUUCUCUCUCGACUUACCCCAUCUGUUCGCGAUCGUUGACAAAGAGUAGCCAUGGAUUCGGCCGGCGAGUAGCAUCAGAUGGUCGUUCUUUCGACGGCCGUACGGACUUCGGUGGUUCGGCUGACGGCAGCUCUGAUAUAUCGGCGGAGGAAACCCUAAAUUUCGCGUUGCUUGGAAACCCUAAAUUGUGUGACUUGUGAGUCCUUAUGAACUGCUUUGGUUUCUUCUUUGGUUUGAAUGAAUGAAUGAAUGCUUUGUUAACGGGAAGUGGGUGUUGUGUAUUUAUAGGUUCAAAGGUGGAAAGCGACAUCCCAUCUUCUUUGAGGGACCAGAAGAAGUUUUUUGUCACGAGAUUGUCCCUGCAAAGACGGUGAACACCUGGAACCUCUGGUUAUAAUCGUCAUUUACUAUAAAAGCUUUCACUUCUCGUGCUUCUCUUGGCUGUAUAUGGAGUUUCCCAAUUUGUUUAAUCUCUUUUUGGAUAUGUGUGUCUGACUUGUUUAUUAGAGAUUAAACAUUAAUUAAUAGUUAAUGGAAUAAACAAUGAAUUUAUGCAGAGAGAUGGCAGAUUCGCGGGAGGAAGGUAAUGGUGAGAAUGUCACAAACCAGCUUGGGGAAGAAGAUGAUUUCUUGUUAGUGGAAGAUGGGGUAGCAGCUUCUGUUGCAAAGGAGGUUUACCACGUUUACGAUUCGGAUGAUGUUGAUACUUCGGAUGAUAAAUAUCACGAAGCACGUGACAACUUAAGAGCAUAUGGCGAGACGAGGAGGAGGAGGGAGGUGCAGUCAAAGCGGGUUGUUGAUGGGGAAGAGGUGGACCAGUUGGACGAAUUUGAAGAUGUUGAACAUGAAAGUGGAGAGGAGCAGAGAAUGGGGAUGGUGAACAUGGAGAGGAUGCAGGGGGAGAGGAACCAAAGAUUAAGGCUUCCAAUCAUUCUUUAUCCAACCAUCCUCCCCCUGUUUCCGAACAAGUCGUUGGUGAUAAUUCGAAUGACUCGUUUUAAAGAUUGUCUGAAGAUUCAGAUCAUGUUCGUCUGAACUUAUCUGAUGAAGAGGCUAGGGAAAUGUACGAUGAUGCUCCACACUAUGAUCCAAAAUGUGAUCAUAAGAGUUUGCAAUUCGUGUGUCGGAUGAAGUUCGCGAGUCUAGAACAAUUCAAGGAGGCUGUUAUUAGACAUUCUUUUGCAGCAGGUGCAUGUCUGAGGUGGACUAGGACUAACCCUAAUAGGAGGGAGGUGAAGUGUAAGGCUCCGAAUUGUAAGUGGAAGUUGUAUGCCAGUUGGUUCAGAAAGGACAAGAGCUUCCUGAUCACAAAAGUAGGGCUGCCACAUUCUUGUUCAAGGCAGCUUAGAGUGAAUCAAGCCACUGCUAAGUGGAUAGCAAGUGACAUGUUAGAAAGAUUCGAGAUAAAUCCUGAAUGGGCUCCGAAUCAGAUAACGGUUGAGGUUAAGCUAAAGCAUAAUAUGGAGGUAAGUAUAGAACUUGUUAUAGGGCUAAAGUGGAGGCUAUCAAGCUGCUCAGUGGUUCAUUGGUGGAUGAGUACAUGAAGCUCGGAAGCUAUAUGGCUGAAUUGAAGAAACGAUAUCGUGAAGGACAUUUCAUCUUGGAGGUAGACCCGCAUCCUAAUGGCGACAAGGUUUUGUUUCAACGUAUGUACAUCGGGUUCUCAAGUUUGAGAAAAGGGAUUUCAAGAAGGUUGCAGACCAAUGAUCGCUUUGGAUGGAUGUUUUCAGAAAAGGAGAGGUUAAAGGGAUGAUACUGAUAACGGUUGGGAAAGAUGGAAAUAAUCAAAUGUUUCCAAUAUGUUGGGUUGUGGUGGAAGGUGAAAACAGCAACUCAUGGUGUUGGUUCGUGCAAGCACUAGCUGAAGACUUAACACUAGUUGACGGAAGGGGAUGGACUAUUAUUUCUGAUCAACAGAAGGUAAUGUCAAAUAAAGCUUACUUUAUUUCAUAUCCACUUAGUUUCCUACUUAUUGCUGACUUUAAACUUUGCCAGCUUCAGGGUUUAGUUGAGGCAAUUCACACCAUUCUUCCUGAUGUUGAGCACCGUAAAUGUGCAAGACAUGUAUAUGCCAACUGGAAGGCCAAGAACAAGAAAGAUCGUGUUAGGAA